UCUUUUUACAUCACCGGCACCCUCAAAUUUGCAGGGAUGUUUGGGAAAUUCAUAAAAUUUGAAGCGAACCAAAAGUUGCCUGAGUGAGUCUGUGAGUCUUUGCUUCGCCGGAGAACGUAGAUUUCACGGUCAUGGCGCUCAAUCUGCGGCAGAGGCAAACAGAAUGUAUUACCCGUAUGCUGAAUCUGAACCAACCCGUUAAUGCAACCGGUAUGGCCAACGAGGAGGUCUACAAGAUCUUGAUCUAUGAUAAGUUUUGUCAAAACAUUCUCUCCCCAUUGAUCCAUGUCAAGGACCUCCGUAAGCACGGCGUGACCCUGUACUUCCUGAUUGACAAGGACCGAAAACCUGUUCAUGAUGUGCCUGCGGUCUACUUUGUCCAGCCCAGCCAUUCCAACAUUCAGAGGAUCAUUGCUGACACCUCCAACUCGCUGUAUGAUAGCUUCCAUUUGAACUUCUCAUCCUUGAUUCCUCGACCUCUGCUUGAGGACCUGGCAUCUGGGACUUUGAAUUCAGAUUCGAUUCAUCGGAUUUCGAAGGUGCAUGAUCAGUAUUUGGAGUUUGUGACACUGGAAGAUAAUUUGUUCUCAUUGGCACAGAAGAACAGUUAUGUUCAGUUAAACGAUCCCAAGGCAGGAGACCGUGAGAUUGAGGAGAUUAUUGAAAAGAUAGUUGGUGGCUUGUUCUGUGUUUUGGCUACGCUUGCUGUUGUGCCAAUUAUCAGGUGCCCUUGCGGUGGACCAGCUGAGAUGGUAGCAUCAGCGUUGGAUCAGAGACUUCGUGACCACUUGUUGUCAAAGAACAAUCUGUUUACGGAAGGUGGAAAUUUUGUGAGCUCUUUCCAGCGCCCCAUAUUGUGUAUAUUUGAUCGUAAUUUUGAGUUAUCUGUGGGAAUACAGCAUGAUUUUAGGUACCGACCCUUGGUGCAUGAUAUUCUUGGAUUGAAGCUUAAUAGGUUGAAUGUUCAAGGUGAAAAGGGUGGGAUGAAGUCAUAUGAGUUAGAUAGCUCAGAUCCCUUUUGGGUAGCAAAUGGGUCUCUAGAAUUUCCAGAAGUAGCGGUAGAGAUUGAGACCCAAUUGAAUAAGUAUAAGAGGGAUGUUGAUGAGGUCAACAGACGGACUGGCGGGAAUGAUGGAGCUGAGUUUGAUGGAACAGACAUGAUUGGGAAUACAAAACAUUUGAUGAGUGCAGUGAACUCAUUGCCAGAGUUGACCGCACGGAAGCAGGUGAUUGAUAAGCACACCAACAUUGCAACUGUGUUGUUGAGUGAGAUCAAAGAGAGAUUGCUUGAUUCUUUUGCCAAAAAGGAGUAUGACAUGAUGGUUAGAGGAGGCAUUGAUCGAAGUGAGCUUUUAGGUGUGCUUAGAGGGAAGGGGAGUAAGAUGGAUAAGCUGCGGUUUUCUAUCAUGUAUCUUAUUUCUUCUGAAGCCAUUAAUCAACAGGAAGUGGAAGCAGUGGAAGCAGCCCUCAGGGAAUCUGAGGUUGAUACCAGUGCAUUUCAGUAUGUGAAGAAGAUCAAGGCACUGAAUGUCUCACUGGCAUCAGCAAAUUCUGCUAGCAGAAGCAACAUAGUCGAUUGGGCAGAGAAACUCUAUGGGCAAUCAAUAAGCGCUGUGACAGCAGGUGUGAAAAAUCUUUUGUCCAAUGAUAGGCAGCUAGCACUGACAAGAACAGUGGAGGCCUUGGUGGAGGGGAGGCCGAAUCCAGAAAUUGAUUCCUACCUUGUUUUUGAUCCUCGUGCUCCAAAGUCAAGCUCAGGAAUGGGUAGCAGCCAUUUAAAAGGACCUUUCAAGGAAGCUAUCGUCUUCAUGAUUGGUGGUGGUAAUUAUGUGGAGUAUGGGAGCCUACAAGAGCUUGCGCAGCGUCAGCAGCCUGUCAAGCAUGUUAUAUAUGGAACAACAGAAAUACUCACAGGACAGGAGUUUGUGGAGCAGCUUGCAGUAUUGGGGCAAAAGAUGGGAUUGGGUGGUGCUCCUCCUCCUCCACAUGCUUCAACUCAUUGAUGCGUAAAUCCUGCAGUUUAGUUGUUAUUUACACUUGAAAGAAGACGAUAUUGAGAAGCUAAGAAAUCAUGUGGACGAAUCUGUAUAAUUUUGUUGCAUGUUUUUGGUCGAGUAAUACAAGGACUGCUAUGCUCUGUGGUUCCGUAUGAGAUUAGUCAAAACUUUCUGCCAGGAUCAAGAAGAAACCGGUUUUAUGUUUUGUUACAGGCAGAAGUUUUCAGAAUCACAUAAGUUUUGUAUUUCAUUGAGGUGUAAGUUGUAUGGUUGGAAACUUGGAAAAAAGUUCACUGAUGUUACCUUUCAUUGAUGUUUCUGUAAUAGCUCAACUUUGAAAUAUGAUAUGUUAAUUUCUUCCAAAGAUUGGUUUGAUUUUUAA